AUGGACCAAGGCAAAGGUGGUGAUUAUCAAUUCCCACCUUUUGGGGAGCUACCUGUUGUAUCCGGUCAACCUCAGGGUUCAUUAUGGGGGUUUUUCGACAAGGGAGAUGAAAAGGAUGAGCUAGGAACGCUCAACCUUUUGACACCUUCUGUGGUGCUCAAUGCCUCUAGAGAAAUCAAAUACGGUGAACAUGUGCAACUGGACUGGUCCAUGGACAACUUGGAUUGCCCUUCUAUGGGACGUAUACCGCUGGAACAUCGAAUCAAAGACAUGACGGAAGAGGGCUUCAUUGGGUUGGAUGACGAGAUCCGAAUAAACACGCAGACAAGCUCCCAGUGGGAUAGUCUGAAGCAUCUGAGAUGGUGGCAGGACAAUAACGCCGAUCAGACCGUGCCUUUUGCUAUCACUGAGUAUGCUAUUUCACUCUCUGAUAUCGAGAAUGUCCUGAAGUGGCAGGGUACGGAAUGCAAGCAGGGUGAUAUUUUCAUUCUACGCACAGGAUUCCUAAGAUGGUACCACCAGGCCAAUGCUUUUGAACGGGCACAUGGUAUCCGAGGAGCUCGUUGGAUUGGCAUGGAGAGCACAAUGGAAUCUGUACAGUGGUUAUACGGCAAGCAUUUUUCUGCUGUUGCUAGUGACACGAUGAGCUUCGAGGCGUGGCCUCCAAAAGAUUGCUGCCUUCAUGAGUGGCUUCUAUGUCAAUGGGGAACACCUAUUGGAGAGCUCUGGGACCUCGAAGAAUUGAGUGAUACCUGUGCUGCUCGACAGAAGUGGAGCUUUUUCUUCACAAGUGCUCCAUUGAAUAUCAAGGGAGGCGUUGGAUCACCGCCCAAUGCUAUUGCCAUUUUAUAA